AUGUCAAACUUAAAAAUUUUAGUUGGCUGCAAAAGAGUUAUAGAUUAUGCUGUAAAAGUUCGUGUAAAUUCUUCAAAAGCUGCAGUUGAAACAGCAAAUAUAAAACAUUCAUUAAACCCAUUCGAUGAGAUCGCUGUUGAAGAAGCUGUAAAAAUUCGUGAACGUUUAGGCGGAAAGGUUUCCGAAAUUAUUGCACUAACUUGCGGACCACCAAAAAGUCAAGAACAAUUGAGAACUGCCUUGGCUAUGGGUGCAGAUAAAGCUAUACACGUUAAAGUUGGUAAUGAUGAUACUAUAAAUACCAAAUUAGAACCUUUAAGUGUUGCAAAAUUAUUUAAAGCUAUUGUGGAAAAAGAAAAGCCAAAUUUAAUUAUUUUAGGCAAACAGGCUAUUGAUGAUGAUUCAAACCAAACUGGGCAGAUUAAAUUACCUGCAGUUAUUACUACUGAUUUACGUUUGAAUGAACCUCGGUUUGCCACACUUCCAAAUAUCAUGAAAGCAAAGAAAAAACAAUUAAUACAAUUUACACUGGAACAAUUAAAUGUAGAUAUUAGUCCACGCUUAGAAACAAUUUCUGUGGCCGAUCCACCUGUAAGACAAGGUGGUACAAAAGUUGGUUCUGUUGAUGAUUUGAUUUCAAAAUUAAAAGAAUCUGGAAUUUUAUAA